GAUAAGUUUCCGUCGCAAAGCUCAGUUAGCUAUAUAGGAUAACUAUAACGGCGAUAGCAAGGCCAAUUGGCCUAGUCAACCUAUCUCGUCAGUUCUCAUUCAUCCCAAUGACUGAGUUAAGAUGGGUUCCAGCACUAAGAAGAAGAAGGAAAAGAAGAAGGACUUCCAGAAGCCCAAGUUGAAAGUAGGGAAACCAAAGGCGAAGCCUUCCACUUUUACAGAUACCAGUUUUAAGUCCAAAGCUAUUGUCUUGCAACAGCAGCUUGCAGAGAAUGCCCCAGAUCUAUCCGAACGAUUCAAGCAUAAUCUGUCUCUCACGAGCUCUCGCUCAGACACUCAGCGCCGAGAUGCGCUAUCCUACCUCGCGAGCCAGCUUUCGACAAAUCCGCCGGUAAACCCAGUAGGCACUUCGACGUUACUACAGAAGCUUCUCCCCAUCAUGUCCGACUCCUCCGGACCCGUGCGCGGCCAGCUGCUAAAGCUGCUGCGAACUCUUCCGGCAGACGAAGUCCGCCCUCAUGUCGAGAAGAUCAUGCUGUAUAUCCGAGGCACUAUGACCCACAUCGCACAGGAGAUCAAGGACGACGGCCUCAAUUAUAUGGAAUGGCUACUUGACGUGGCCGGAGAGGACGUCGUUUCGAGCGCCGGUUGCUGGGUUAAACCGCUUAGAGACUUUAUGUCGGUAUUAGGAUGGGCCGUCAAGUCGGCCCCAACCGCUACAACAGCGAAGAGCGGAUGGACGUCUGCGCCUCGGACGACUUUCGGCGCCAAGAAAUACGGCCAGUCCUUCCCGCGCCAGAUGCUGGUGCUGGCCAAAUUUCUAGAUGUUGGGUUCAAGCCGGGAACGGCGGUAUCCUGGACCCCCAACGACUGGUUCAGCAGCAUAAGCUGCGUGCCCCAAACGCCCGAUCCGCUCGGGUAUCUCGGCCUGUUCAAGCCACCCCGGGACGAGGACAGCGAGCUCUAUCGGAACCGGGAAGAUAGGCAAGAGAUCUUCCAGAAGAGAUUCAGGGCAGCUGUUGAGGCUGGCGUAGAUAUGGCUAAGAAAGAAGGCGGGGCAGCGGGGAGAGCUGCUGCGACGCUAGAUCAGGUGUUGAAGGAUGGGAUGGGCGACUAUGAGCAGAUCUCACGGUUCAAUGAUGAGGAGCAUCUGUGGGAUGGGUAUAUCUUGUAAAUUAGGUACCUACCUAUGCUCUUCAAGGCAUGUCUGAAAAUUCUACCUCAUUAAAAAUUAUAACGUUUAACUUUCUAUUUCUAGUGCUAGGUUAUAUGUUUGGUCCAGCCUAGCCAUGCAGCAUAACACUUGAUGGCAAAAAAACCUCGUUCUCAAUUUACUAUCCACACUACAUAAGAUUUAACAUGCAACUAUAUCUCAUACCUAUAAGUAUUUUGGAAGAGCAAAGUCAGUGACCGUAAUAGUCUAAG